AGCAGCUGGCGGCGGGCAGCGGCCCUCGAGGAAGACAGAUGGGGUGAGAGACAGCGCGAGGUCCGGCUGUCAGCGCGGCCUCAGCCCCGCCGCGGAGGGAGCCCCUCCUCCCCGCGGGUGUGCGCCUCUCGCUCCCUGGCCGGCGGGAACCAUGGCGUCCAGCGAGGAGGACGGGGGUGGCAACGGCGCGGUGGAGGAGAAGGAGAAUGGCAAGAAGAGGAGGCUGGGCGCCCUGGCCACGGCCUGGCUCAUCUUCUACAACGUCGCCAUGACCGCGGGGUGGCUGGUAUUAGGUAUUGCCAUGGUGCGGUUUUAUAUACAGAAAGGAACACAUAGAGGCUUAUUCAGAAGCGUUCAAAAGACGCUUAAAUUUUUCCAGACAUUUGCUUUGCUUGAGGUAGUCCACUGUGCAGUUGGAAUAGUUCGCACAUCUGUGCUUGUGACUGGGGUCCAAGUGAGUUCAAGAAUCUUCAUGGUGUGGUUCAUUGCACAUAGUAUAAAACAGAUCCAGAAUGAGGAGAGCGUUAUUCUUUUUCUGGUCGUAUGGACUGUGACAGAGAUUACUCGAUAUUCCUUCUACACAUUCAACCUGCUCAACCAUUUGCCAUACUUCAUUAAAUGGGCCAGAUACAACUUUUUUAUCAUUUUGUAUCCUGCUGGAGUUGCAGGUGAACUGCUAACCAUAUAUGCUGCUUUACCCUAUGUGAAGAAAACAGGAAUGUUUUCACUGAGACUUCCCAACAAAUAUAAUGUCUCCUUUGACUACUAUUACUUCCUUAUUAUUGUCAUGUUCUCCUAUGUGCCGUUAUUUCCACAACUCUACUUCCACAUGCUGCGGCAGAGAAGAAGGGUGCUUCAUGGAGAAGUGAUUGUAGAAAAGGACGAUUGAAUCAAGCCAUGUAACUAUGGUGCUUUUACUGGAAAAAAAGAGGGUAAAAACACAAAACUUCCUGUGAUUUUUCUGAGUCCAAGUUUUAAAGCAUGGAACAAGAAUAAACAACUGUGCAUAAAAUA